CGUCGCUCCUGAAACCCGUGGACUACAAGUCCCGGUAGGCUUCCGGCACUUAGCUCUGACUGUACGUGCGCACACCGCUGCCCGCCGGAAGAACCGAGCCUGGCUGUAUUUAUCUUGUUGGGGACCUAGCCGUCGGUUGGCGCGCAACGGGCUCUAGGCUGCAGACAGCGCGAGAACCUGCGGCCCCGCCCCGGCCCGGCCUGGCAAGCUCAGAUUCAAGAUUUUUUGGAUUGACUGGAGUGACGAAGUGAGAGUGCUUCCCUGCUGGGGCUGUUUCAGGCCCUCCCUUACUUGAGCUUUCUCUGUGCCUGAAGUUCUGCCUUCAACAGGGAGCAGAUGACCCACCCAAAUCCAGCCCGUGCCUGCCAGCAAAGGCAGUGCCAGAUGCAGGAGGUUUUGCUUCACAGAGCCUUCAGACGUACCGGUUAUCACUAGGGAGCAGAGGCAGCAGGCCGUGCCGGGGGGGCAUGUUGCUGUAACCCGUGGCCCAGGGGAUGUUCCGGUGGACUGUGUACCUGGAGGGCGGGCCCCGCAGGGUGAACCACGCCGCAGUGGCUGUUGGGCACCGGGUGUACUCCUUCGGGGGUUACUGCUCCGGUGAAGACUAUGAAACCCUGCGACAGAUUGAUGUGCACAUUUUCAAUGCAGUGUCCUUGCGUUGGACAAAGCUGCCCCCGGUGAGACCCGCCGUCCGUGGGCAGGUUCCGGUGGUGCCCUACAUGCGGUAUGGACACUCAACGGUCCUCAUCGAUGACACGGUCUUCCUUUGGGGUGGGCGAAAUGACACGGAAGGGGCCUGCAAUGUGCUCUAUGCCUUUGACGUCAAUAUUCACAAGUGGUCCACACCCCGAGUGUCAGGAACAGUUCCUGGGGCCCGGGACGGACAUUCAGCUUGUGUCCUGGGAAAGACCAUGUACAUUUUCGGGGGCUACGAGCAGCUGGCGGACUGCUUUUCCAAUGACAUUCACAAGCUGGAUACCAGCACCAUGACAUGGACCCUUAUCUGUACAAAGGGCAACCCUGCGCGCUGGAGGGACUUCCACUCAGCCACAAUGCUGGGCAGCCACAUGUAUGUGUUUGGGGGCCGCGCUGACCGCUUUGGGCCAUUCCAUUCCAACAAUGAGAUUUACUGCAACCGCAUCCGAGUCUUUGACACCAGGACUGAGGCCUGGCUGGACUGUCCCCCGACUCCGGUGCUGCCUGAGGGGCGCCGGAGCCACUCAGCCUUUGGCUAUAAUGGGGAGCUGUACAUCUUUGGUGGCUAUAACGCAAGGCUCAACCGGCACUUCCAUGACCUGUGGAAGUUUAACCCUGUGUCCUUUACCUGGAAGAAGAUUGAACCGAAGGGGAAGGGGCCAUGUGCCCGUCGGCGCCAGUGCUGCUGUAUUGUUGGUGACAAGAUUGUGCUCUUUGGGGGUACCAGUCCGUCUCCUGAGGAAGGCUUGGGAGAUGAAUUUGACCUCAUCGAUCAUUCUGACUUACACAUUUUGGACUUUAACACAUCUAACAUGUCGUUUGAGGAGCUGUUGGAACUGCAGAGCCAAGUGGGGACUAAGACAUACCAACAAUUGGUAGCUGGAAACAGCACUAAGAAGCAAAAUUCUAGGCCACCUGUCCAAAAUACAUGUGUUGCAGAUAAGCACAGGCCUCUGGAAAUGUCAGCCAAGGUCCGGGUACCAUUUUUGCGUCAAGUUGUCCCCAUCAGUAAGAAGGUAGCCCGGGACCCCCGCUUUGACGAUUUGUCAGGGGAAUAUAAUCCUGAGGUGUUUGACAAAACAUAUCAAUUCCUGAAUGACAUCCGAGCCAAAGAGAAAGAGCUUGUGAAAAAGCAAUUGAAGAAGCACCGUUCAGGGGAGGAGCAUGAGAAACUGCAGCGGCUGCUUCAGCGAAUGGAGCAGCAAGAAAUGGCACAACAAGAACGAAAGCAGCAGCAAGAGCUGCACCUGGCUCUGAAGCAGGAGCGGCGGGCUCAGGCCCAGCAGGGCCAUCGUCCGUACUUCCUGAAGAAAUCUGAGCAGCGCCAGUUGGCCCUAGCUGAGAAGUUCAAGGAACUGAAACGCAGCAAGAAGCUAGACAGCUUCUUGAGUCGAAAAAGGCGCCGAAAUGCAGGCAAGGACAGGAGACAUCUCCCUUUGAACAAAGACUAAUAAGGACCUGUCCUGAGCUCUGCUAUUGCCCCGGUGAGAAAUGGAUCUGUGGGAACAGACUUGGGCUUGGCCUGUUCUGGUUCUUUCUCUUCAAGGACAAGGAUCAUAGCUGCCCUUGAACUAGAUUAGCUCACAAAUGACUAGAAGGCUUUGCAACUGCCCCAGGUCUAGAUAAGAAUAGCUCAGCCUUCUGCUGUGCCACACUUCUCUGCUCGUAUCUGGUUCAUCGUGUCUUCAUGUCCUCCUCCAAUCACUGCCUUAAACCAGAGGUUCUGGUAUAGAAGAAAAAGGGUCAUUGACCAGGCUAUGGAGUCCAUUGACGGCUCCCAGAUCUGGGUCUUUACGUAGGAGCCAGUUCAUAAACAUUCUUGUCACUCA